UAUGAUGAUGACCUUCCAAUUAAUGAGUGGGAAAAUGCUAGUUGCAAUUUACCUGAAUUACCUGACAUAGUUUCUCACUAUCAUACUUUUGUGGAUAUUCGACGAGGCCCUGGAAUAGGUAACUUGAUAUACAAUAAGGAAACAAACGCUCAAUAUGUUAAUGUCACAGGUUGUCCAAAUGAGACAGAAUUCAAAUAUCAUACUAAAAAAAUGGAAAAGAAUCGAUGGGAUACAUGGAAUCAAGAAAAAGAUGGACUGCUCAAACUCGAGGGAAAUUAUAUUUUUCUUCAAUGCAAUAAUAAUUCAGGUUCUAGUGUAAUACUAAACGAGAUUAGAAAACCUGACGCCGAAUAUGACGAGAAACUUAAAG